ACGUCAUAUCCGGCCUCUUAGGCUUCCCUCGGCUCCAGCAUGGCGGACACCGGGGUGGUGGAGACGCUCCUGCGGCGCGUUGAGAAGGUGGGCGACGGCGUGGACAGCCUGGACGUGGCGGCCAGCCUCGGGGUGGACCACCAGGCCGUCGUGGGGGCCGUGAAGAGUCUGCAGGCGCUGGGCGACAUCAUCUCCGCCGAGCUGCGCUCCUCCAAACACUGGGAGCUGACGGAGGAGGGCGAGGAGACCGCCGGGCAGGGCAGCCAGGAGGCCCGGGUGUUCAGCUCCGUCCCCCCGGACGGGCUGCAGCAGAGCGAGCUGAUGAAAUUGUCCUUCGGGAAGGUCGGCUUCAGCAAGGCCAUGUCCAGCAAGUGGAUCCGGGUGGACAAGUCCCACGAGGGAGGGCCCAGGAUAUUCAGAAACGUGGAGAGCAUCCAGGACCAGGUCAGAGACAAACUGCUGCUGGUGCAGAAAGGCCAGUCCGCUCAGCUGGAAGAGAAGGACAGGAAUGAGCUGAAGAAGAGGAAGCUGCUCUCCGAGGUGACGGUCAAGUCUUACUGGAUCUCCAAGGGCAGCUCGUUCAGCACCACCGUGACCAAACAGGAGACGGAUCUCAGCCCUGAGAUGAUCAGCUCGGGCAGCUGGAAGGAGAAGAAGUUCAAGCCCUACAACUUCGACGCCCUGGGCGUGGCCCCGGACUGCGGUCACCUGCACCCGCUGAUGAAGGUGCGGACGCAGUUCAGGCAGAUCUUCCUGGAGAUGGGCUUCACCGAGAUGCCGACCAACAACUUCAUCGAGAGCUCUUUCUGGAACUUUGACUCGCUGUUUCAGCCGCAGCAGCACCCGGCCCGAGACCAGCACGACACCUUCUUCCUGUCUGACCCGGCGCUGGCCCACGAGUUCCCGCAGGAGUACCUGGAGAGGGUGAAGAAGGUCCACUCAGAAGGAGGCUACGGUUCACAAGGGUACAAGUACGACUGGAAGCUGGAGGAGGCGCAGAAGAACAUCCUCCGCACUCACACCACGGCCGUCAGCGCACGCAUGCUGUACAAGCUGGCUCAGCAGGAGAAGUUCAAACCCGUCAAGUACUUCUCCAUCGACCGGGUGUUCAGGAACGAGACCCUGGACGCCACCCACCUGGCGGAGUUCCACCAGAUCGAGGGCGUGGUGGCCGACUACGGCCUGACGCUCGGGGACCUGAUGGGCGUCCUGCACCAGUUCUUCACCAAACUAGGAAUUACCAAGCUGCGCUUCAAGCCGGCGUACAACCCCUACACGGAGCCCAGCAUGGAGAUUUUCAGCUAUCAUGAAGGGCUGAAGAAGUGGGUGGAGGUAGGAAACUCCGGGGUUUUCCGGCCGGAGAUGCUGCUGCCCAUGGGAGUCCCGGAGGACGUGACGGUGAUCGCCUGGGGCCUGUCCCUGGAGAGGCCCACCAUGAUCAAAUAUGGAAUCAACAACAUCAGGGAGCUGGUGGGACACAAGGUGAACCUGCAGAUGGUUUACGACGGCCCCAUAUGCCGCCUGGACUCCUGAGUGUCACCUGACUUUCAGCUCUUAGUAUUAGUAAUAAUGAUAUUUCGAAUGGACCCAUUUUCUCUGAGCCGUGCACCGUUCCCGUCUUCCCUGUGGCAUCUCUGGUCCCACCUCAGCCAGCCGCGGGUCUGGAGGACGGAGGGUUUGACUGUGCAGGACUUCAGAUCUGAAGGUCUUCAAAGGGCUUGAUAAACUCUGAUACCACACUACUCAGUCUCCACUUCGUCACAUGUGACCAUCUUUCCAAUGACAGUACCGUGUCCAGGUUAUCGGGCUCCUUUUGGACUGAAGCUAAAUAAACCUUGUUUUCUAUCAC